UCAGGGAGCCAGUCGGGCUUCCGGCGCGGCUACUUCCGGCCCGGAAGCGCUGUGUCAGGGUGCAGGAAUAGGGCAAGAUGGCGGCCGCGGCGGUGAUUGAGUUCCAGAGAGCACAAGAAAUGCUGGUGUCCGACCGGUCGGCGAGUAUAGACAUCCUGCAGUCUAUAGUGAAGCGAGAUAUUCAGGAGAGCGAUGAGGAGGCGUUACGAGUCAAAGAGCAAAGCAUCCUGGAAUUGGGUGGGCUUUUGGCCAAGACGGGACAAGCAGCAGAACUUGGCGGUCUCCUGAAAUAUGUGCGUCCGUUUCUGAACUCGAUCAGCAAGGCUAAAGCAGCCAGACUUGUGCGCUCCCUUUUGGAUUUGUUCUUGGAUAUGGAGGCAGCAACGGGACAGGAGGUGGAGCUGUGUUUGGAAUGUAUCGAAUGGGCAAAAGCUGAAAAGAGAACCUUUCUACGCCAGGCACUGGAGGCUCGGCUUGUAUCCCUCUACUUUGACACUAAACGUUAUCAAGAAGCAUUGCAGUUAGGUUCACAGCUUUUAAGAGAACUGAAAAAGAUGGAUGACAAGGCACUCUUAGUGGAGGUUCAGCUACUGGAGAGCAAGACUUACCAUGCUCUGAGCAAUUUACCCAAAGCUCGAGCAGCUCUGACUUCUGCCCGGACCACAGCCAACGCCAUCUACUGCCCACCCAAACUGCAGGCUGCUCUGGACAUGCAAUCGGGCAUAAUCCACGCUGCAGAGGAGAAAGACUGGAAAACCGCUUAUUCUUAUUUUUAUGAGGCUUUUGAAGGAAAUGAUUCCAUAGACAGCCCCAAGGCUAUAACAGCCCUGAAAUAUAUGUUGCUGUGCAAGAUCAUGCUGAAUACCCCAGAGGACGUGCAGGCUUUAGUGAGUGGAAAGUUAGCCUUGCGCUAUGCUGGGAGGCAGACCGAGGCACUGAAAUGCGUGGCACAGGCCAGCAAGAACCGCUCACUUGCCAACUUUGAGAAGGCACUGACAGAUUAUAAAGCAGAGUUAAGGGAUGAUCCCAUUAUCAGCACACAUCUGGCCAAGCUGUAUGAUAACCUACUAGAGCAGAACCUUAUCCGGGUGAUUGAGCCAUUCUCCAGAGUACAGAUUGAUCACAUAUCUAGUCUUAUCAAGCUCCCAAAGCCCGAGGUAGAACGCAAACUCUCCCAGAUGAUCCUAGAUAAGAAAUUUCAUGGAAUCCUGGAUCAAGGAGAAGGUGUCCUAAUAAUUUUUGAUGAGCCGCCAGUAGAUAAAACAUACGAAGCUGCUUUGGAAACCAUCCAGAAUAUGAGCAAAGUGGUUGAUUCUCUGUACAACAAGGCCAAAAAACUUACAUAGAUCCUCCAGCGCGACCAGCCCGUGACGGUAUCUCAGCGGCAGGAGCACGAGACCUCUUUGGUGGGGUGGUUUAAAUGGGGAUUGCUGAGGGGGGAGCCCUUUGUUUUUCUUCCAUCUUUGUAACAUUUUUAUUUUCAUCUGCACAGAUCCUGUAUGUCCUGCCCUCUUCCUUUGGUUCCCUGUUCUACCCCAGGCCCCCUAAAUAUCACGGGGGCUCAAAUUCCGAAUAGAGUGAUUGGCAAGAUUAAAAAAAAAAAAAAGGGGGGGGGGGUUGGGUAGGAGAGGCUGGGAAACACAUACACACAGAACUGCUUGUUUUAUAGGACUUUAUGUACACACCUAAAGCAUACGCUCCGUCUUAAUCGACUUGUCCUCCCCUAAUACCCACAAUCAUGACCGAUGGGCAGAAUUCAUUAAGCAGCACCCCAAAAUAUAGGGUAUCCUCAGUGAUGGCAGAAUUCUGGGCUCUAAGUAGUUCUGCAAAACAUAUUUUGGGGGGUGGGAGGAAACCGCUGCUUCUUUAAAACAUAAAUGGAACAUAUAAAAGGGAUGCAAUUAAUAUUUAUGCUUAUUUGUGAAAUGAGAUGCUCCCUCGUUGCUUCAGUAACAGGAAGAACAGAGCACUUUAUUCAGGGCCCUUCCCUAAUCAUUGCAGCCUGCAGCGUCCCUGUUGCACUGGAUAUACAGUAUAAAUCUGCUAUAGGCACAAUCAGAUGAACAGAUGUUGCCUAUGGAGGAAGUGCAGUAUGGGGAGAUAUUAGGGUGCAUUUCGUAUAGACAGUUGGGUAUAAGUUCCUUUUCAGUAAAGUAACUUGCUGCCUGUAGGGGAGGAAAAAAAUCAAUUUUGUUUAUCCCCCCCCCAUCAUCAUUUACUUCCCAUCUAACAAUGUCCCCUUCCUGCUGAUGUCCUGUUACUCUUCGGAUUUUGAUAAUGCCAUAAAGAGGUGCAGUUUCCACCCAGCUGAAACCAGAGUAUAUCUGAUGUUCAGAUGUGUUCCAAUAAAAUAUUGUUUUUUUUUUUCUCGUUGGGGUUUUCAAAACA